GACACAGACAGCAGAUCACUUUCGAAAAAAAAAUGCUAAAGGUCGCAAGUCGACUUGGUGACAUUCUUACAUUCGCAACUAGCGUGGCAAGUUCCUCCACGGAAGUUAAUUGCUGCAAGGACUUGCCAAUGUAAACUCAGCUUUAACCAUGGAGGCAGAAAUUCUACCUCCAUUGCUUUAACUUUCUUCCAUUUCUAGUAACUUUGACACACGCUUGGUUCGUAAACUUCGACCAUAGAGUAUCUAUGGUCGAAGUUCGUAAACAAAACGGUGUGUGUGCUGUGAACGUUUUAUGCGGUGUUGUGUGGACUUGUCACGUAGUGAUAUUGUUGUUAUUGCUAAAUGUAGCUUUAUUACAUUAAUUGUGACAGUCAGAAUAAAAUCAUCAAGAUGGAAGUGAAAAGGAAAGCUGAAGACAUGGCAUUGGUGCCAGAUUCAAAACGAUCUAAAAGUGAACUAGUGUCGAGUAAAGGUACCAGCAUGGUACCAAGUGACAUUCCGAGAACAUCGAGUUUGUUUGCGCCUAUUAUGUUGCUGGAGGGACAUCAGGGAGAAAUUUUCUCGGUAGAGUUUCACCCGGAGGGCCAAUAUCUGGCUUCUGCUGGCUUUGAUCGGCAGAUCUUUUUAUGGAAAGUUUAUGGAGAAUGUGAGAAUAUUUCUCUUAUGGCUGGACAUACAGGAGCAAUAAUGGAGGUCCACUUUUCUACAGAUGGAAAUACACUUUAUACUGCAAGUACAGAUUGCACAGUGGGAGUUUGGGACAUUGAAAGUGGCGUUCGCACAAAGAAACUCAAAGGUCAUUCUACGUUUGUAAAUUCGUGCCAUUCUGCAAGGCGUGGACCUGCUUUGGUUUGUAGCGGUUCCGACGAUUGCACUGUAAAAGUAUGGGAUCCCCGAAAACGUGGUCAGUGUACAACACUCACAAACCAAUAUCAGAUAACAGCAGUUACAUUCAGUGAUACAGCAGAACAAGUUCUGUGCACCGGGCUAGACAAUGAUAUCAAAGUCUGGGAUUUGAGGAAGAACUCAGUGCUGUAUAAACUCAAAGGGCACACAGAUACUGUCACCGGUCUGUCACUCUCACCUGACGGCUCCUAUGUUUUAUCGAAUUCAAUGGAUAAUACAGUUCGCAUAUGGGAUGUGCGUCCUUUUGCUCCCCAAGAACGUUGCGUGAAAAUUUUAUCGGGGCACCAACAUAAUUUUGAAAAGAAUCUUCUGCGCUGUGCUUGGUCUCCAGAUGGAUCAAAAGUGUCUGCCGGCUCAGCUGAUCGUUAUGUUUAUAUAUGGGAUACAACAUCGAGAAGAAUUUUGUAUAAACUUCCAGGACAUAAUGGCAGUGUAAAUGACGUAGAUUUUCAUCCCAAAGAACCGAUAAUUCUUUCUGGCGCAAGUGAUAAAAUGAUAUAUCUGGGAGAAAUCGAAUGAAUGGUAUUACUUAUUAUCUGCUAGGCAUUUUUCUUUUUAAUACUAGAAAAGCUCUGUUAUUGUCCAACUGUUUCAAUAUAAUUUUCCUCAUAUGAAGUACAAGUUCACCAACGGUGCACUCAAGCUGGCCCAGAUAGUUUAUUACUAUUGUAAAUAUUAUUAGAACUCAAGAUUGAAGAUUAAUUGGUGGACUAGUGUUUAGUUGUGUAAUGAAGUGCUCUACAAUAUGCGCUGAGCAAUCCACUGACUUUCAUGGACGGUGCAAAGGUCUGUGUGUGUGACAAGUGUGAAUCUGUCUAAUAUUGAUGUGAAACAGAGUAAUAAAAAUGUUUCAUUAGCUA